AUUCAAUCUGUUUCUCUUUUGUACUCUUCCAACUACAAAGCAGACGCAUUAUCAGUAACACGAAGCUAUGCGCAGUCCACUGACACCGGCUUUAUCUCUUAGUCCCUCACACUCUACAGCUUCUAGCGGCCAGGAAAUGAUGGUCCUGAAGCUCCACUUCGGUCUCUGUUCUCCAUUAGAACUGUCACUCAGCCUAGAUGAUUUUGAUGCCUGCCUUCGGCUUUGGGUGGAAUCUAAUCCCAAACAGCAUAAUGCGAUAUUGUCUGUGCUGGAGAGGAUUCUCAGCCAGGAUUGCAACACCAAUGGCUGCUACUACAGACACCAAAGUUGCAUCGCAGAUGAGCAUUUCAAUACCAAGCAUGGUCAACCUGAUGAUCAAGCUAACGAUGAGCAUCUGAUCUCACCAACGAGCCGACUGUCUCUGGCACUGGAGAGUUCAGGGGUGGCUGAGUUGAAGGCAGGCGGAGUUUGCCAAGAAGACAACGAAACGAAAGGAUGUGAAACACUAUCGAGAGAGGUUCAGCCACCCGUUAGCCAAGAAAAUGAUCCCAGGCGUUUGAGUGGGGAGCUACCGACGGAUACAAUAGCUGCAAGGUCAGGUUCGAAACAGCUAAGAAAGCCGAAGUCUACCAAAGGCGUGAGUUUCCGUCCUGGAAAGCCGGAGUCGAAAGGAGAGGUGGCCGACGAUGACCCUCUGACAGAACCUAUGCUGCAAAUCAUCAACCGUAUAGGAGGGAUCCAGGUUCUAGAAGAACUAGAAGACAUAACCAGCGAGUUGAGUGUUCAGUCUCAACCGAACGGACAAAAUCUAAGCGACCGAUGCAGACGAAAUAUUCCGAAAAACUUGGCCAGUCGGCCCGAUUCCUUGCGGAAACUAUGGCUCCUAAAGGAGGAGCUUAGCCUCAGCGAAGUGAACGGGCAGAUUCACCGACUGCGGAAAAGAUUGAAUUUAGCAGAAUUCUCUCAUACUUAUGAGGUGUGUGUGCAACAGCUCGAAGCGAAGAAACCUUCUAUAUCUCCGCGGUUGGGAAGUGAAGCUCGCAAUUCGAGGCAAAAUCGAACGGUUAUGAAUCAUUUCGUCGAUAUUCUAUUCCCUGACACGUUUCCAAGGGAUAGAACUAGUGGGAAAGCAUAUAAAGGUCGUAGGAUGACCAGAUAUGCGGCCACCAGGAAGAUACAGAACUGGAGGACCACUGGAAAGCCGUGGGCAAGCAUUAUAGCGCGCUUUGGUAAAGGAAUGUUGCUACUCAUACCGAAGGAGUUGUCAGACGAAUGCUUACGAACUAUGUCGAAAGCCACUCUGUCUGCUUUCCUUUACCAUAUCCAGCUGCGAACAGCCGGUUUAGCAGAUCUGUUGCAGGCGGCGGCGUCUUUGGUGGAUGACAUCUGCUUCAGCGAUGCGGAGACCCAGUAUCCCGAAUCAGGCCAUCAUUUGAACUCGUCUCUGGAUGCAAUUGAGUCGGCUAUGUAUAACGUUGAGUCGUCCUCGGAAUUCGCUCUAGCUCCUCACGAAACCUUUUUGGAAGCUCCUUACACCUUCUUCCUGGCACAUCUCACCGCAGGGACGAAUUUGCCAUUCAAUCUAUGUUCUCCGUUGACAUACAGUCACGACGCCCACAUGCAGUCUCCGGGCAGAGGGACGGACAGUUACGGCGCUGAUAUCGCCACGUUGUUCUCCGACACUCCUAUGCCACAGUUCCCGAUCCUAGAUAUGUCCGAUUCUGACAUAUCAAAUGAUGACUCCGGACCGAAUUUAUACUGCGGAAAUCGAGAUAACGCCACAACGUAUCCGGAAGCCGAAGUGACCAAUUCUCCGAUUGAUGAGCGACAUUUCACUGCGGACGAUUGCGACUUUUUGCACCCUAUCAGUGAUAUGGAGAAAGUAGAGCUCGAUUGCUUAUUUGGUCUACAGUCGAACGACGGCUCUCCCAGUGCUGCUCACCCUACGUUCCACACCUGACCUGGAUGUCACGUGUAUGCCACACGAGGAAGGGGGAAUCUUUGCAACUCACAGGGGAAGCAAAGAAUGUUGCAGUUUUUGACACUAAGGCCAAGUCAUAUAUCAACAUAGCAGCAAUUUAGUAGAUCAUUCUUGAUACCUUUACUGUCCCGUUGAGGUAAGAAUUCUGAG